AUCGCUUAAUGGCAUAUCGCCGGAUUUCGCCCUUUCCUGCCGGUAUGUCGAGAUUGUUUGUUUCGUUUGAGUAUCAGCGACCUCAAUCUCGCGUUUUCAGUUCAUACCCACCUCGUCAAAUUUUCGGAUUCUUCUUCUCCCACUUGUUGUUGUUGCUGUUGUGGGUCGGGGUUUGGAACUUCGGUGUUUCGCCUGCUUAGGGUUUGGUGAAUUGGCAGGAAAAUUCGUGUUAAAGGGAAUUGAUUGGGUAGUGGACUACUACUACUACUGCGCCGAAGCGUGUGUGGGGAGGUCACAGGAAUGGAGACAGAUUUUGGUGGGGCUUUCUGGAAAGUAUGACUUAAGCGAGUGGCUGUGCGGGGUUGAUGUGUGUGGAAUGCGUGGAAGGGGGGGCGAGAGAGUUCAUGAGAGGACUAGGUUGUUGUGUGUGGAGGAGAGAGGUGAGCGUGAGAGUUUAGCGUGGGUCAAUUGCUGGAGUGGAGUGUUGGGGUGAGCUUUGUGCAGCUCCGCGCGAUUGGGAGGGUUUUUGCUGUGAGCAUGGGUGAUGAUAAAGCUUCGCCGUCGCGGCAGGCAGGAAGUGACAGAGAAUUGCUCAUGGCAGGGCAUGGCGAUGACAUAGAGGAUCCCCCGAAGACUGGCCAGCCUUCUCCUUCUGCGUACCAUUCAGGCCGGGAGGCUUUCUAUGGAUUUCUUUCAAGUUGGGCAUCGAAAAAGUUCAUGAGCGGCUGUGUUAUCUUGUUGCCAAUCGCGGUCACAUUCUAUAUUACGUGGUGGUUCAUCAAAUUCUUUGACAGCUUCUUUUCUCCAGUUUAUGACUAUCUCGGCAUUCAUGUGUUUGGGCUUGGAUUUGUGACAUCAUUUGUGUUCAUAUUUCUUGUGGGAGUAUUUGGAGCAUCGUGGAUCGGAUCAUCUGUGAUAACGGUGGGCGAAUGGUUUAUUAAACGCAUGCCUCUUGUGAAGCAAGUUUAUUCUGCCUCGAAGCAGAUCAGUGCUGCAAUCUCUCCAGAUCAAAAUACCCAAGCAUUCAAAGAGGUUGCUAUCAUUCGGCACCCUCGAGUUGGGGAGUACGCCUUUGGGUUUAUUACUUCCACCCUUGUUCUUCAGAACGAAUCAGGAGAUGAGGAGCUGUGCAGCAUAUUUGUACCUACCAAUCACCUUUACAUCGGCGACAUUUUCCUAGUGAAUUCGAAGGAUGUGAUCCGACCGAGCUUGUCCGUGCGAGAGGGCAUUGAGAUUGUGGUUUCGGGUGGAAUGUCGAUGCCACAAGUGAUCACACCGAUAUCAUCUCCAGCAAACCGUAUUAUUGUGUCGAGAUGAAGAACUUGUGUGCUGAUUUCGUAGGUAGAAUGUGGAGCUCGUUUAAUGCCCCAUGGUUUAGCAUUGCAAGGGUUUUACAGAUGGUCGGAAUCGACCAUUCUAAGAAAAGCAGUUUGAGGGAAUGUAGAUCAUUUAUGUUUGCGGAUCUUGGUGGGGCUUACUUGAUGAAAUCACCUCCUCAUCUUUUUGUACACAAGACACGUUGCUAUCGGUACGUGGACUAGUCAUCAUCGGAAAAGGGCUAGAGCAUAUUCUUCAGUGUCAGAAUCUUGAACAGUCAAAGAAAGAGAGACUUAUGUGUCAACUUCACAGUUGCAGGUUCUAUUUCCAACUCAGAAAGUAGCACGUCGUGCUGACAUGUAUCCAUUGCUUGAUGCUUUAUAAGCAGUACAGACUUUUUCUUAGAAUCCAAAGAAGUUUGUAACCGUCUUACUGGGUUUUCUUGUAAACAGUAAAAAAAUAAAAAUUAAAAAAAAUUAAAAAGCAA